AAGAGCGAGAGGGGAAGCGCGGCGGCGGCGGCGGCUGAGGCUGGCGGUGCCCGCGCUUUGGCAAAAGUCUGGCGGAAGAGGGGGCUUCCCCUCACCCCCGAGCGAACGCUGCCCCUCACUCAGUUGCCGCAGGCUUCUAGAAGAGACUUCCCAAAGCCAUAGCUUUGGAUUCAGCACAGAGAGUGAGGCAAGCCUCUGUGUUUUUCCAGCUCCAAGCUUCCGAUCAGACUAAAGCACAAAAUCUACCUCCUGCCCCAACCAGGUGAGGGGGGAGGGCUACCCUCGUUCCUAUGGCAACACAUCUGCUCUUCACCAAGUCUUCAGACAUAUGAAUAACGUCCAUCAACUUAACAAAGAGACUGGCUUGACCAGUACAGUAGGUUCCUCUGCUACAACUCCAUUUAUACAGAUUCAAAACCACAGGCUAGAAGGGGACCUAAAGACAUCAUGCAGAUCCCCCCCAAUCCUAUAACAAUCAAUACACACACACAUAUAUGGGACCUGCAACAAAAUGUUGCAAUAUACAGUGCUCUUGUUCAGGAUUCCAGCCAGCCAGCCAGCCAGACACUCUUCUAGGAUACACGAGCGAGCCCUGCUGGCCAUCUUGCACAAAACAUGUGUCCACCUACUGGCUGAGCGCUAGACCUGCCUGUCGGAGGAAAAGCUGGCCAGCCUCAUGGAGCACCUCCUUGACGCAGGGAGCUAUAGCAUCUCUCGCCUGGGCAAGAGUUCACCUCGGCCCUUUUCUUUGCCACCAACGUCCUUACCACCACAGGUAGAGAGUAGCAGCAGCACGACCAAUGGGAAGCUGUCCUGGUUGUCCUUUUGGAGGGCAGGCAGAAAACCAACUGGUGUAGAGCGAGCACUGCUCUGUUGUGGUUACGGGCACAUAGUCCCUCUCUCGACAUGGGGCAAAAUAUUCUGCAUCUUGUACUCCUGUGUGGGCAUUCCCCUGACCUUGGUGCUCCUGGCCUGCCUGCUCCAGUACCUGCUGCCCAUCCUGAGCCACUGCCCUGUUCACUACAUCCACACCUGCUGGGGCUUCCCACUGGCCCACGUGGCACUGGCCCACGCCACAGGGCUGGAACUAGCCACCCUCGGACUCUUCAUGCUCAUCCACGCUGUCUGCUUCUGGGUGCUUGAACACAACUGGAACUUCCUGGAGUCCGUGUAUUUCUGCAUCAUCUCCCUCAGCACCAUUGGCCUGGGCAACUACUUGCUGUGGGGCAGCUCUCAACCACCUCUACACAAGCUCUAUGAGCUCAGCAUCACCUGCUACCUACUUGUUGGUUUAUUGGCCAUGCUUGUGACUGUCGAGACGGCACACCAGCUAUGGGAUAUCCGUGCUUUAGUCCAUUUUUUUGCUCCUGCCCAUGACCCACCCCCUGAGGAUGAUGACCGCCUGGAAAUCUUGGCUAGGGACCAGCUUGCCUUGAUUACUCUGUCUGGCUCCACUUCCCAAGAUGGGCCUAUCGAAAUGGGUACCACUUGAUAUCUCCCGGGGGGGAUUGAUAUUGACUGGUGCUUUUGUUGAUUGUAUUGAUGCUUUACCUGUCUUGUCUUUCUAUUAUUGCUAUUUUAUUGUAUUAUAUUUGUAUUAUUAUUGUUAA